GAGGAGGCGUGUGUGCUGUUGCUAAGCGCCCCCGGAAGUAGCCUGAUGUUUACACGUUUUUGUUUCGCAGGAAAGAAAAGCAACGGUACCACAGGUGAUUAUUAAAUUUAGACUAAAAUGCCCCUUUUUGGCAAUACAUUUAGCCCCAAGAAGACACCUCCUCGCAAAUCUGCCUCCCUCUCCAACCUUCAUACAUUGGAUCGGUCCACCAGGGAGAUCGAAUUAGGCCUGGAAUAUGGAGCUCCUAUGAUGAAUAUUGGAGGUCAGAGCUUAAAAUUUGAAGAUGGACAAUGGAUUAUAGAGUCAGGAGCGAAUGGGUCUAGCAAGGAGGUGCAGAAACUGAAAAAGAGGAAUCUGCAAUUAGAAGAAGAAAACAACCUUUUAAAGCUUAAGAUCGAGCUGCUGUUAGAUAUGCUCUCAGAAACCACAGCCGAGUCACAUCUACUGCAGAAAGAGUUAGACGACUUGAAGAGUCACUACAAACAAAAGAAGUGAUCGGAAGCAUGAAUUGCAAAUAAUUUUGUUUUGGAUGCAGAUUUCUUCUUGGUGUUUUUCAUAGAAAAGGAUUUAUCGUACUAUUUGCAUACAAUAAUUAAUUUCAUGUGAAUUUUUUAAGUGUUAUUACAUGAAAUUAUGCUACAAUGUUUGUUUAAUACUUUUUUCUUUUAGUCAUUGCGUGAGCAAUUAAAACAAUAUUUUCUUAGUCAAGUGUGAUUUUUUUUUUUCUUCUUCUUUUCUUUUAACAGAUCUCUGUGCAUGUUUUUAAUUUGUUAACAAAAAGCCACAACUAUCAGUAGUAUUGAACAUACUGACCAUUUUAUAUUCAGGUAGAACAAUCCUCGAAGGCUAAAUUGGUCAGCACUGUAACUCUUUCAUAAAUACACUGCUGCACUGUUUGAUCACUUCUUAAGAAAAGGAGCUUACUUGGAUUGUGUGGGUUCUAAAGCAUGCAAACAGAUUUGUGAGGAUUGUUGUACGUGGAAUGAAGCACGUACAGUAGGGUGCACUGGGUUGUGGCUUUUUUUAUUAAAGGGUUUUAUUGCAUCAAAAUGAUGACAACAUUGUCAUCUUCUAAUUUUUAAGGAUGGCUCCAGAAAAAAUAGCAAUAAAGGAC